CAUUAUUUUCUACAUAUGCAGUAGACCUAGGCCUACUAGUCUCAACAGGGUACACACAAGAAACAAUCUUUUUAGAAUUAUCGUCUACAGUUUCCAUAUGUCUGUUUUCAAAGCUUUGAGUAGUAGCAAUGAUGCUGUUCUCAAAGUUGUAUGUUACUAUGACACUACUAGGAAUAGUCGAUGGGGAAUGUGUUAAAACUUCAUGGGUGCAGAACAUUAAUUACGAAGGUCAAUUGAAAUGUAAAGAAUAUGACUUUUACAUUAACGGACUUGAAAGAAACAGUACUGAAAAUUUUGACGGACUUCAUCUUUUAACAGGAGUGCACUGCUGCAGCCCCCCAUUACGUUAUUUAGAUUCUGAUACAAUAGUCAUCUACGAGAACUGGGCAUGGAAAUUUGAGCAAAAUAAUAGAUGGGCAUACUGUCCUCAAGGGUUCUUUCUUCAUGGUUUGCAGACAACAUCUAGUGAUUCAGGAAUUAAUUACUUACAGAACAUUAAAUAUGCAAGAUGCAUAAAGCCAUCUAAUCACCCAGAGUCUUACGCCGAUUGUUAUUAUCAGAAUCUGAACUUCAAUAAGCAAGGUGUAUUUAAUUGUAGAGAUGACUACUAUGUAACAGGAUUGCACAAAGGUAACUGUGAUUCCUUGCGAUGUUUAGAUAAGCUCCACUGCUGUAAAAUGGAAGUUGACCAACGGAUAUUAGAUAAUGUAGACAAAGUGAAAACAAAAAUAAUGGAGUCUACAUUGCCUAAAUUGGUAAGGCUGGCUGCAGCAUUAGGCUACGGCCAUGCCGCUGGGAACAAAGGCAUUUAUAUCGGAGAUGAUUUCAAAAGAGAAGGAGAUUCUUGGGUGGCUGAUUCUAGACUUUUCUGGGGAGAAGAAGAAUGCACAGACUUAAAAUGUAAAGAAAUAUUAGCAGUAGAAUACCUGGAAUGGUCUUUAACUGUAAAGGAAAUAAAAUACGGAGAAAAAUAUAUUGAUUAUCUAGAACCGGAAGUAGUUCAUAGCGCCGUAUUUCACAACGAAAACAAUACGAGCUCUAUACAGACAUUUCAAUACUCGAAUGUAGUCUCGGAAACAGUCACACACUCACCAACCAGCAGGUGGAGAAAUAACGAAAAGUUAUCUGUUUCACUUGAGUUUGGAACAAAUUUAUUUAGCAAGGUGCAGAUGCCCUUUAAAACAGGAUUCCAAUAUUCAGAAUUGAUCAUUACUGGAAACAACGAGGCAGAAAGAACCACGUUACACGACACAUUGGAACAUAACAUUCCACCAAAUACAAGCGCACAGUAUAAGGUUUUGCUCAAAAAAAUUAGAACUACGAUUCCAUAUACGGCUGUUAUCAUUGCAAAUUUUAGCGUCAGAUAUAGAGGAUUUUUAGGAAGGGGUAAUGGAUUUGAUAAUGAAAAAACAAAUUUUCAUAUAAAUUACAGGGAAAGCACAGAUAGACCGGGUGUACCUUAUACUUUUGGAAGUAAAUCUGAAGCUUUCUACACUGCCCUAAGUCGUCAAAUCGCAUCGAAAGAGGAGCCUUGGAUGUGGGAAGAGAUUUUGAGGAAAGACCCUAGCUUAGGCGAACACAUAAAGAAACUCACAGAGGAGAAUAAGUAUAAAUUUACACUGAAUGGAAAGCUGGAGCAUGUUGCUGGGGCAAAGUUUGAUUCAAUGCUGACGCUCAUGAAAUUAAAUAGCUUUUCAGGUCUAGAAGAAAACCAAACCGAAACACAGUACCUUAAUGACAUCUUAAUUGCAAAAGAAGGUCCUAAAGACAAGCCUGUAGAUAGGAAAAUCCCUGAAUAUGUCUUAAAAUACCCUAAAGUUGACUUGGAUGAUGCAAAUCCUUUAAAGCUAGAGCCUAUUCUAAAAGACCUAGACUAUUCUUCUUAGUUACUCGCCUAUAUGAAAGACAGUCAAUUUUCUUUCAAAUGUUUCUCUUUGCAUUGUUUCGAAACAAUAAAAUUCACAAACCUUU